AUGUCUUCAGUAGUUUCAGCCAGGGAACAAGAGGUUAAGUCUUCAUUCGCACCAGCAGAGGAGCAACAUACUAUCCCAUUUCAAAAUGGAGUAGAUAUACAAGCAAUGGAGAAGACCUCCGACAAAAUCGACGAGCUCAACGUUAUCAAAGCCGAUAUGAAAAAGCCUGGCGCUGAGAAAGAUAAGACGCUAUUUCGACGAUAUGAUGAGUCGAAAGACCAUGUUAAACAAUUUUACACAGAACAACAUCAAAAACAAACUGUGGAAUACAAUAUCACAACUCGUCAAGAAUUUGCCAACAGAGACCGGUGGGAAAUGGAUGUCAUGGACGGUGCACUGCUUCUCGAUAAAUUUGUCGACCAAUCAGAUCCUGAUACUGAGGUCGGUCAACUAGAGCACCUUUUUCAGACAUCCGAAGCAGUAAGACUGGCUGGACGGCCCGAUUGGAUGAUUGUUACUGGGUUUGUUCAUGACCUGGGCAAACUAUGGUGCCUCAUGGGGGGUCAAGGACAGUGGGAUACUGUCGGAGAUACCUUCAUAGUAGGCGCCGAGUACUCGAAGGGUAUCGAACUCUAUGAGAGUCUCAAAGAUAAUCCAGACUUCAAUGAUCCUCGCUACAAUACCAAAUACGGCAUUUAUUCUCCAGGUUGUGGAUUAGACAAUGUCAUGAUGUCAUGGGGUCAUGAUGAAGUUCUUUACCAGAUUCUCAAAGACCAAUCUACACUCCCACCUGAGGCUUUGGCAAUGAUCCGUUAUCACUCGUUCUACCCAUGGCAUCCAAGAGUGAUAGCCCUCCCGAUGUUGAGAAGCUCAUUCCAAUGUACAGGAAAAUGCUGGCCAAGUAUUUUCCUGCCAAGGUCAACUUUGGAAGACUUCGAAAUCGACCAACGAGCAGCGGCAGCAGCAGCGGCAGCAACAGUAGUUGAGCGAGAACGCUUAAGCUAUGUUACUUAG